UCAUUUUCGUGACUUUAUGUGACUAUUUUGUCACUAUUUAAAAAAAAGUUACGGAAUGACCGUGACGAGGAAGUGGCUAUAUGAUAUUUUUUUACUAGUGACUCUGUCUUAUCUCAAACCUUAUCCCGACCGACGACACAAAACGACAUUUAACUUUGUAUAUAUCAAAACCAACCUGUUUCUGUAUAUUUAAAAGUCUUCUCAGAGUAGAUUUAAAUCGAAACUUGUUGUUUUGUACUAAAUACUCUGUUUCUCUAUCUCCGAAAAAACAAAGGAACAAAAACAAUGGCGACUCUUCUGUCUUUCUUCUUACUUCUAUCCCUUCCCGUUCUCUUCUUGGUAAUUUACACCAAGAAGAUCAAAGACUCAAAACAGAGAUUUCCUCCGAGCCCACCAAAGCUUCCUUUCAUCGGAAACCUACACCAGCUUCGAGGAUUGCUUCACAUAUGUCUUCACGAUCUCUCCAAGAAAUAUGGACCAGUGAUGCAUCUCAGUCUAGGGUUUAUCCCAGUUGUGGUAAUCUCAUCAAGUGAAGCAGCAGAAGAAGUUCUUAAAACCCAUGACCUAGAGUGUUGUACACGACCCAAGGCUCUUGGAAUGCAAACAUUUUCGCGUAACGGUAAAGACAUUGGUUUUGCGUCAUACGGUGAGGGAUGGAGAGAAUUGCGCAAGAUUGCUAUUCUCGAGUUCUUCAACACGAAAAAGGUUCGAUCUUUUAGGUAUAUCAGAGAGGAAGAAAAUAACUUGAUGGUCAAGAAACUGACAGAAUCAGCUUUGAAGCAACCUCCGGUGGAUUUAGGCAAAACCCUUUUCUCUCUAUCUGCGAGUAUCGUAUUUAGAUCUGCCUUUGGACAUAAUUUAUCGGAAACCAAACAUAUCAAUAAGGAAAAGAUUGAAGAAUUGAUGUUUGAAGCUAUAACAAAUAUGUCUUUCAAAUUUUCCGAUCUCUUCCCUACUGCUGGUAUCGGAAGGUUUAUGGACUUUAUUUUAGGAGAACAUAAGAGACUUCACAACAGUUUCGUUGAAGUUGAUACUUUUGUCAAGAAAAUAGUUGAUGAUCAUUCGAAGAUUAGACAUGGAGUAACAUCUCAAGAUCGUCCUGAUAUCGUUGAUGUGAUGUUGGAAAUGUUACACAAACACGAACAAGAUGAUUCUUUCAAGCUCACAGUUGAUCAUCUCCAUGGAGUCAUCUCAAAUAUAUUUCUUGCUGGAGUAGACACAAGUGCUGUCACCAUGAUUUGGGCGAUGGCAGAGCUUAUUAAAAACCCGCGUGUGAUGAAGAAAGUUCAAGAUGAGAUCCGAAGUUGCAUUGGAAUCAAACAAAAUGAAAGAAUCGACGAAGAAGGUGUUGAUAAGCUUCAAUACUUGAAGCUUGUGAUCAAAGAAACCUUAAGACUACACCCACCAGCUCCUCUAUUAAUUCCAAGAGAAACAAUGAGUCAAAUCAAUAUUCAAGGCUACAACAUUCCCCCAAAAACCCUUAUUUUGGUAAACGCAUGGUCUAUCGGCCAAAACCCUUACCGCUGGGAAAGUCCAGAGGAGUUUAUCCCGGAGAGGUUUAUUGAUUUUCCUGUGGAUUACAGAGGACAGAGUUUUGAAAUGUUACCGUUUGGUUCUGGCCGGAGGAUGUGUCCGGGAAUGGCUUUUGGGAUUUCGACAGUUGAACUGGGACUCUUGAACUUGCUUUACUUCUUUAAUUGGAGAUUACCUGAGGAGAAUCAAGAUAUGAACAUGGAAGAAGCUGGUGAUGUCAUAAUUGUUAAGAAAUUUCCUCUUGAGCUUCUUCCUAUUAUUCGCCAGUGAUAGGGUGACAUAAUCUUAAGGAACAAGAAGUAAAACUUGGUAAUAGAUCAGACUUAAUUAGACUAGUUAUGUUUUGUUUUUUUUUUUAAUAAUAAAACUUGUUGGACAAGGAUAAAGCUCAUUUGUUUUAUUAUGGCAGUGAUAACUGAUC